UCGGCAACUGAGGAUAAUGUUUUGGUCGGAUCAGCUGAUAGCGAGCACGAGCGAGAGGGCGUUUCACACAAAAUGUUGCAGCUUACUAAAAGAUUGCAGGAGGGGAUCUCUUUAAUCAAUGCCACAGACAUUAGUAAAGUCAAAGGACUUCUUAGUCGUGUGUGUGCGUCACUCAGUGCCAGACAUUCACAGGUAUUUUCAGAAGAGGAAGAAGAGAAGUUGAGUGCUUCUCUUGGCCUGCCAGUUGAAAAGACAAGACAGUUGAUAUACACCAACAUACAUAUCAUACAACAGGCAGCGCAUGGGAUGGUAAGACCAGCUUUCCUUGGAGAACAGCUUCAAGCGUGUGAACUAACACCAGAUAGAGCCAAUGUGUUUGUGGAACAGUGGACAAUACAUGCAAAACAAAUUGUGGAAACACUGCGACAGCAAAGUUUAUCGGAGAAACAGCUAGCAGAUAUUUCAUGGGAACUUCACCUGAAGACUGCUUCAUCAGGAUGUGCAAGACAAACUCACCCCAUUGCACAUUUACAACUGAACCUCAGCAGCAGCAUGGAGCCUUCAAACACCAAAGUGGGAAGUACAGAGUCUGUGGUCAUGCAGUUUAAUCAAGACCAACUCUACCAGUUGUAUGAUCAAAUUGAGCAAAUUCAGGCAAAUUUAGAUGCUCUGAGGUAGUGACAACUACUUCAUGAGCAACAAUACAGAUUUAUAAGAUUAAUUGUAUGGUAUUGAUUAUUAGAGGAAUACUUUAAGAAUUUCUUACCACAGUCAUUUUCAGAAAGAUUAUAAGAUGCUGAAUUAAUUUUGCACUUCAAAUGCUUCGAGAUUUGUAUUGCAUUGAUAAUGAUACUGUCAAUAAAGUUUGGUGAUUGUAGGAAAAUGCCUGCAUCAGUUGUGAUUCAAUGUUUCAUACAUGUUUUUUUUUUUUUUACAAAGUGUAGAAAUAUUUUAUUGUGGAUCUUGAUUGAAUGCAGUUAAAAUGGAGAGUAAAGAGAUUUUACAGUAGAUGUUUUAAAAAACUGCUUCAUGUAAAAUCAAUAAAAUCAAUACAUUUGCCUCUGAUCAUCUCUUUUUGUGUAGACAAUACUUAAGGCUCCAUCCAAAGAGGGGGUGAAUUGCACAUUGAUUAUCUUUAACUGUCCCCCUUGCCAUACCUAACUACUGCCUGAAGAAAGAUGGAUUCAAGGUAUACUUACAAUGCUAACAUGGAGCAGAGGUCAAAAUUGUUAUAUUUAACACAGACUGUAUCAUUAUGGUGAGGCAAAAGGAAAGUGCUAAUAAAUCUGUGUCCCCGA